UGCACCACCAGACUCCCACUCUGCUCCUCCUUCACUUUCCCUCUGGAGCUGUUGAUGAGGCGAGGGUCCACUCCAUCUCCUCUCAGUCUGGAGUCCAGAGGGGGCAGGGGGGUCCAAGUGUGUACCGCUUUUCGAGUGUACACUUUAUUUUGCAACUUUUGAACACUGGAACUGUACUGUAAGCAUUAUGACUCUUCUGGGCUCUGAGCACUCCAUACUGAUACGAAGCAAGUUCAGAUCAGUCCUACAGUUCAGACUCCAGCAGAGGAGGACACGAAUGCAGCUGGUAGACCAAGGCAUCAUGCCUCUGAACCACGGGAAGUUCCCUCAGCAGGAGGACUCGUACGCAUUCGAGGAGGACAGCAGCAGUGAGAGUCUGUCUCCAGAGCAGCAGCACAGCGAGGAGUCAGAGGCUGCUGCCGCUACGCCCUCCUCCACCUCCUCCUCACCUGCCCUCUCCUCCCUCCCACAGGGACGAGCACACCGAGACCCCCCCGCAGAUCACAGCCAGGAUGAGGGGCUGUCUGCUUCCGACAGGAGCCAGACUUCCCCCCCAAUACCUGUCCCUGCUCUUGUGAAGUCCAAGUCUUCAGACAAGAACCGGCACAAGAAGCCCAAAGAUGUGAAGCCCAAGGUGAAGAAGCUCAAGUACCACCAGUACAUUCCUCCGGACCAGAAGGCAGAGAAGUCCCCCCCGCCCAUGGACUCAGCCUACGCGCGCCUCCUGCAGCAGCAGCAGCUCUUCCUGCAGCUGCAGAUCCUCAGCCAGCAGAAGCACGCUCACACACACCUGCACACACACACUCCACAGGCCCAGGCUCAGCAGCGGCAGCCGUCUUUCAGCUUUCAGCCUCACCUCCCCUCCCAAGCAAACAAAGGAGUCAGUGAGACGUUGUCAGCUCCAUCCAGUCAGGCCAACAGCAGCUCUUCCUCCCCGGUCAAGAACACGUACAGCAGCAGCAGCAGCAGCAUGUCCCCGGCCCCCCCCGGGCCCCUGCCAGCCAACCUGGAUGAUCUGAAGGUGUCAGAGCUCAGGCAGCAGCUGCGUGUCCGCGGCAUGCCUGUCUCCGGGACCAAGACGGCCCUCAUCGAGAGACUCCGCCCCUUCAAGGACUCCAACGCUGGCUCCUCCCCCUCCGGCUCCUCUGACAUCACCACAGUGACCUUCCCUGUCACACCUACAGCAUCCCUGUCCUCCUACCAGUCCCCGUCCCAGGGGGGCUACUACCCUUACCCCAGCACCUCCUCCACCCCUCCCAUCUCCCCCGCCUCCUCAGAGCUGUCCCUCACUGGUUCUCUGCCAGACAGCUUCAGUGACGUGCCCAUGUCCUCGCCAACGCUCUUCACCCUGCAGCCCUCCCCGGCCCAGCUCAGCAUGGAGGACGGCCUGGGCAGGGGCAGGACGAGGUCGGGGGAGGGUGGAGGUUUGAAUGGCGUGGAAGCUGAAAAAGAUAAGAUGCUGGUGGAGAAGCAGAAGGUGAUUGAGGAGCUGACAUGGAAGCUGCACCAGGAGCAGAGACAGGUUGAGGAGCUGAGGAUGCAGCUCCACAGGAGGAAGCGCUGCUAUAGAGCUUCCCUGGACACCACACCUCACCCCCCCAUGCUCCACCAGCGGACUCCGGCCAUGUUGGGCCAGCACUUCUUUGGGGUGACAAUCAAGCAGGAGCCCACGUCCCUGUCCCCCAGCUGCCCUCUGUCCUCCCCCAAACUGCUGAAGUGCUCUCCUCGCAGCAGCUGCAUGGAGGAUGUCGGACACUGCAGCAAACCCCCCUCCAACAUGAGGGGCCUCGGGGGGCCACCGUGUAUGGACGCUACCUCUGGCAGCCCCCCCACAAUGUCUGCUUUCCUCAGUCCACAGUGCUCCCCUCAGGGCUCCCCCAUUGGAAAGCCUUCUAGCCCCCAGCCUUCGUCUCCUAACAACCCAUACCUGCUAGCCCCCCCUCCGGGAAGAGGUCACCCCCACCCCCAGGGCAACAGAGCACACAGCAUGCAGAUGCAGCAGAAGAGUGGUGUCCAGGCAGGGGGGUUUCCUUAUCCCUCUGAGCAGCAAGCCCUUCAGGGAGUCUUCCAUCCCCCCCCUUCCUGUGACCCGGCCCGACCGGAGCCCCACCCCCUGCAGCCCAAGAUGUCAGUAUUGCCCUCUCCUCGGCAUGUUGGCCCAAAGUGCCAGGUCUGCCCCCCCGCCUUCAGUAGCUCAGAUUCAGAUGCAUCAGACUUAAGACAGCCCCCAUGCUAUGAGGAUGCAGUGAAGCAGCAACUGACCAGAAGUCAGCAGAUGGACGAACUCUUGGACGUGCUCAUAGAGAGCGGAGAGAUGCCAGCUAACGCCAGAGAAGAGAGGGAGAGGGCCUCUGUAACCAAAGUUGUCCCUCACAUUACUGUGUCCCCAGGGUGUCCCGGCCUCCUCAUCCCACGGUUCCACAGACACUACGAACAACUGCCCCCAAACCAGCUCCCUUACGACCACUCGGCCAAUCACAUCGCCGAGAGCCACUUGGAGAAUCUGCUGGGGAGUCCCAUAGUCCGAGGUGGGGAGGUGGCCCUUCUUAAAAUGUCUGCGGAGGACGGGGGGCAGGACGAUGAACCAAACAGAGAAGGCAAUGGGUACAGCAGCCCCCACAACCCCCACCGCCGCCCUCACCACUCCCCCCAGGGCAAACAUGUGACCAACAGAGAUCUGAUCACGCCUCUGUCGCCCAUCAGCACCAAAGUUUCCUCCAUCUCCGAGGUGCAGGGGAUGGUCAGCAUGACUUUCAGCGAGACACCGUGGGAGGCCAUGGAGUGGCUGGACCUGACCCCCCCCAGCUCUGCCACCGCCUUCAGUAUGGCUCCGCCCAAUGGCCCCAACAUCUUCAACACAGAGUUCCUGGAUGUCACAGACAUUAACCUGAACUCUGCCAUGGACCUUCACCUGGAGCACUGGUGAAGGAGAGCCCCUGAUGCUGGCCCUCCGCUGCCCCCCACCAAAGAACCAUUGACUAUCACCAGCUUCAGCAGGGGGCUUUUUUUAAACAGUGGGCUGUGAUAUGAAGGACUCUUUUAAUCUACAUUAAGAGACGCUGAACUAUAGAAUUGUCUCUAAACUAUCUGUUCCCAUUCCCAAAUAUAAGAUUGUCAUCAUAUGUGCCUGGACAACGAUGCGCCACAUGGCAGUAAGUCUGUGCUUUAUACCAACACUAUGCAAUAUCAGUGUUACGCCACCUAGACUUGAAGACACAUUUUGAAGAACAUUGUAUAUUUUAUAAUUUAUGUCUGUUUGUAUUACUGGAAAAGAAAUGAAAAAAAUGACAAGAGGAAUUAGAUGGAUUAUGUAAAUAUAUAACUAUCCGUACUGACAGAGACAAGUUGACGUCUGUGUUUUGUCAGUGGGAGAGACACAAUGUAUUAUGUAAUGAGUCCAUCCAAUGAUGUAAAUAUGACGAAAUGAUUUCACUGCCCACCUCCAGCUGAACACAUUUGAGUCCGUUUACUCGAGCUUCCAAUACAUGGGUAGAGAUGCUCGUCAUUCCUUUGAACAAUCUUAUUUUAAUAAGCUUUCUCACUAUUAGCUGUAUUUAUUCACAGAAUAUGGAGAGAAAUGAAUGUCUUUGAAAAACCUUGGGUCUUAUCGAUAUUCAUCGACAAACUGUGCCUUGUUUGCAACAACUUUUUAUAAGAAUUUUAUACAAGUUUUCCCUUUUAAAAGUAUUAUUAAUUGGUUAUUCGGUGAAAGCUGUAGACAGAUAUUAAUAUGCUCCAACAAAAGUCAACACCAGUUGUUCAGACAAAUGAAAAAGAUGUAAUCUGUAUUUAUCCUCACAAACGUCACCCUUUCUAUUCCCCGGCCAGUUGUUUAUUUUUUCUUUUGAUAUUUAUACGUUAUCCUGUAUUUAUACUGACAUUCCUUUGAAGAUUGGUUCUUUUUGAUUUCAUGGGGAUGUUCCAGUGAUGACAUUCUGCCCAUGGACAUUUCUGAGUAAUUCAAUGUUAUACAAAGUGUAGGAGACACAUCCAAAAGCCAUGCUUUCUUAAAGGAAUCCUAUGAAGUUGACAUGUCCAUCAUUAGCCCUUGUGAAUAGUACAAAUGUAAUAUAUUUAGAUCUUUACUGUGAAUACUGCAUAUUGACACACAGUAGUUACAUUACACAGCACCUGUAUGCUAUUGAGUUCUGUUGAAUUGUCUUUGCUUCAUGUACAACUUAAAGACAUCUCAUCCAACUCCCAGAAGAGCAUACAUGUACUUUCCAGAAUGCCAAGUUUGCUGAAAGCGCAUUGAACGAUACAUGUACGAUGUCUGUUAACAUGGGUCUCGUGUGUUCUGGUCCUUAUCCUGGCAUUGUGAAGUGCUGCACCUGCUAAAUGGGUUCUGUGGUCACAUGUAGGCUUUGAAUGGCCAUCUUACAUAUUUGAGAAAAGCAAAUAUUCUCUACUUCCUGUCUCCGGUUGUGAAAAUAUCUGCUGGCUUUUUUAAAUUUCAUUUGUUUCCCUCAUCAGGACAGAAGCUUCCAUGUUGCUUGGCCACUGACUUGCUUUACUUUUGUAAAAAGAAAAAGAAACUGUAUUUGCCAGCAUUCCUGUAUACUUCAGAAAGAGCAAUACACU